UCACGAUAAAAAUGAUGGUUUUAUGUGUUACAACUGAAAAUUUAUCGAUUAAGUUUGUUUACGAAGUGAGCGAGGCAAAAAGUAUUACAUAUUUAGUUUAAAUUGGUAACUAGAUGAACAAAUGUUAAUCAGCAAUUAAUUCAAGACUGGUUAAAUAAGGCUGAAAGUGAGCUUAGAUUUUUUUAGUAAACUCGUUGACAUUGAAAGCUAAGCCGAACGCCUUUUACUUCUCACUUUCCCUCCUACUUUUUGUUUCUCGUUGUUUACCGCUUCAUCUCAAUGCAUGUUUCACUUGUUCUCUCUUUUCAAUUGUGAACAGAAACAAUUUAACUUAACUUCAAUCAUUUUUAACAAUUGUACAGCCGACUUUGAUAACUAAAUCCCAUCUUAGCUGUUGACAAGUAACAAUUAGCAGCUACAGCUACAUAAUUUUCAUCCAAAAACAACGGCAAAACAACAAGAAGGUAAUCAGUCAGCCAACAGUUACUCUUGUUUCUUCUGUCUCUUCAUUUUUUUGGCUAUCUUUAUUUUUUCUCUUUCUUUAUUUUUCUAUUUCCAUUGGAUUUAGCUUUCUGUGUUUCUCUGUGUCUGUGCCUUUAAUUGUUUUGUACAUAAUUAAUUUUAAUGGAAACUUAUGCCAUCAUUACACCACCGCCAUCGCCACUUUCAUCAACACACUCAUCUACAAACUCAACGGAUUUACCUUCAUUUGUUGAUGGCAAUGUUACACUUGAUAAUGGUGGAGUGUUAAUACUCGACAUUGGAUCCGAGUCUGAAGAAGAGUGUAAAAUUUGUUACCAGAAUUUAGCCUUGGCUCGUCGUUCUUGCUGUGAUUAUGCCACCUGUACCGAUUGUUUGCGGCAAUAUUUUGCCUCUCAGGUUGAGAUGGGCUCCAUGAGAAUCGAGUGCAUCAACAUUCAGUGUCAUUUUCCCGUUGAUCCAGAGGAAAUUGCUUCCCUUUUAGAUUCCAAGUUAAGAGAUAUUUAUUUCCGUCUCAUUCAAGAAAACAACUGUAACCUUCUCGCUAAAACAUGUCCCUCCUGUUCAACUAUGUAUACAUUGAAAAACAGCCAGCAACUGAGAACAAUGAAGAAAAUGGUUAAAAAAGAUUCUACAAGUUCAAGAGUAAAAUGUGAUGAAUGUCAAUAUUAUUGGUGUUUCUUGUGCCAUGCUCCUUGGCACCAAGGAUUAACCUGUGGACAAUAUCGACAAGGUGAUCGUCUUCUCAAAGUUUGGGCUAAGCAGCUAAGUCAAGGUCAACUAAAUGCUCAACGAUGUCCAAAAUGCAAGACUUUUAUCCAAAAAAGUGGAGGCUGUGAUCAUAUGCAUUGUAACAGAUGUAAAACUGGAUUUUGCUAUCGAUGUGGUGAACCUCUUCGUCGGUUGAAAUUUUUUGGCGAUCAUUAUUCAAAGUUCAGCAUAUUUGGCUGUAAAUAUCGUUACAAGAAGGAAAGUCCAAUCCAAAGAAAGGCCAUUCGUGGAGCCGUUUUUGCCAGUAAAUUAUUUCUCGCACCCGUCUUAGGAUCUUUAAUAUUUUGCGCUGGAACCUUGUUUGUCAGCGUUGCCGUUGCUUUCCUUCCCUUUUACGGUGUUGUCACAAUUUACAAGAGAUGUUGUUGUUAAACUUGCCUUACCCGUUGAAUUGUGACCAGUUGGAUAAUCACAGCAACUAAAUUAAUUGUAAAAAUUUUGUUAUGACAACAAAUGAAAAAUGUUGGUAACAAUCAAAAGGGAAAAGAAACACAAGAUAACAUCAACAAUUUAACAGCAAUUUAAGUGUAUGUUAAGUAACUUGAUUUACAUACACGUUUACCAGCUAUUCAAAGUUAUCCAGUUAUCUGAAUAGUUUAAAAGAGUAGUUGAUUAGAUAAAACUGAACUACUGAAAUAUCCGUACUUUAGGUUAUGAAUUAAUCUUUGAUGGUGGAUUAAAAGAGUCGAGUGUUGAGGCAUAUAUCGUAAGAUGAAUGGCAAUGCUUGAAAACACCGUCAACUUGAGAUUGUUUCAAUUUGUCAUGGAAAUUGUUAUUUUUUUUAUCAAAGUCUAUUGGAUGCAAUAUGGUUGUAAACACAUUGAAUUUCAUAACAAAAGAAAUAGCUCCAAAAAAACUAGUCACAAUUUGUUAGCCAUUAACUUUCAUCCAUCUCCUGCUCCUUGACCUCAAUCAAUUUAACCACACCUUUAAUUGGAACGGUAAACUUGCUGUUAUCAUGCUUGUUGUUGUUGUCGUUGUUGUUUUCAUUACAUUUUGAUUGUUUAUUUCAUUUUUCAUUUGUAAUACGUUCCAUUUUUGUACUUAUUUCAAAUAUCAACCAGCAAAAAACAAACCUGUGCUCAAUUGUUUCGAUUUUUUACUGUAUAUUCAACGUACUUGAUUGAUUGUUAAUGAAUCUUGAUAAUUUUGUAAACAUAAAGACAAGAUUUUGUUUUCUCAGAUUAUUUUUUGAAUCUAGAAAAAAAGGAUAAAAAUUAGGUUAAAUAUCACAAUUAAAACAUCACCAAUUUUAAACCUUUA